CCAGGCCAGGACGUUCCUGCCAGAGUUUGCAGUUGUAUAGUAGUCACAUUGCUGCGAUUCGUUUACACUUCUGGGGAGGGGGGGAAGUAAUGAUCGCUGCGUGUCCGAUGGAAACCUGAUCAGACGGGAGGGGUGGACUUUUUUUUUUUUUUUUUUAACAGAAGGGGGGAAAAAAUGUCUUCCCCUUCCAACGGGAUCCCAAAUGCAAUAGAGAUCAAGCAGGAAGAUGCCUUGGACGCGGCUCCUUUCUCUAUGGAGCAUGCACAGCAGCCCGGGACAGAGGAGGGGAUCAAGAACGAACUUGUGAGCGGUGGCGGGGGGGCCCCGUACACCCUAGCCUUCUCCCCGGAGCAUGUCGCCUGCGUGUGCGAGGCUCUGCAGCAAGGUGGGGACCUGGACAGGCUGGCCCGGUUCCUGUGGUCUCUACCCCAAAGUGACCUGCUACGUGGCAACGAGAGUAUCCUGAAAGCCCGGGCGCUGGUAGCUUUCCACCAGGGCAGGUACCAGGAGCUCUUCUCGGUGCUGGAGAGCCAUAACUUUGAGCCGUCCAACCACGCCAUGCUGCAGGACCUCUGGUACAAGGCUCGGUACAACGAGGCGGAAAAGGCCCGGGGGAGACCCCUGGGGGCGGUGGACAAGUACCGGCUGAGGAGGAAGUUCCCGCUGCCCCGGACCAUCUGGGACGGAGAGGAGACCGUCUACUGCUUCAAGGAGAAGUCCCGCAACGCGCUCAAGGAGCUCUACAAGCACAACCGCUACCCGUCCCCGGCCGCCAAGAGGAACCUGGCCAAGAUCACCGGCCUGUCCCUCACCCAGGUCAGCAACUGGUUCAAGAACCGCCGGCAGCGCGACCGCAACCCCUCCGAGGCGCAGUCCAAGAGUGAGUCUGAUGGAAACCACAGCACUGAGGAUGAAUCGAGCAAAGGCCAAGACGACUUGUCUCCACAUACUCUUUCCAACUCGGAUGGGGUCUCCAACCUAAACCUUUCAUCUCACCCAGAUGCGGUGUAUAUGCAGCACAUUGGAAAUAAGAUCUCCUUAGGUUCCUCUGGAGUGCUGUUAAAUGGAAGUUUGGUAUCUUCCAAUACUUCACCUCUCUUUCUAAACGGCGGCUCGUUUAUCCAAGGACCCAAUGGCGUGCUUCUAAAUGGUAUAAAUGUGGCAAAUUCACAAACGGUGACAUUGAAUUCUCAAAAAGUGGCCUCUACCAUUGUAAGCAAUGGUGCCCCAAACUCGGACAUCUUAGUGUCUUCUUCCGAGGAAGUCAAGGUUCUUCAAGCUGGUUUGACAGAUUCUUCUUCAGCGUACACUACAAAUAUACAGUCUUCUUUCCCCGGGUUAAUACCUGCUACAGAAGUCAAGAGUGAGACUAUCCAGCCUGCUGCUUCUCAAGAUGGCGGAACAGUUGUUACAUUUACCACUCCCAUACAGAUAAACCCAUAUGGCAUUGUCCAGAUCCCCAGUUCAGGAACAAACGCCCAACUCCUUAAUGGAAGCCUUGGAUUCUCCACACUCCAGCUGCCUUCUGUCGCCAUGUCUCAAGGAAAUAUUGGAAACCUCUCAGUUGUCCCUGGUACUUCAGAGGGAGGAACAUUUACAAGUGACACCAUCUCUAGUGGUGAUCAAGGAAAAGUGUUCCUCAGCUCUCUCCCUCCCAGCACAGUCGUCUACACCGUUCCGCAUUCUAUAAAGCAAGAUGGCCUGGAGCGAAGCCUCUUCUUUUCUCCGUUAAUGCCGGUCAAUCAAAGCGCAGCACAAGUAAACAUUAGCAUGUCCUCUGAUGAGACCCUGCAGUCUGUCGCGGCUUCCUUGGUGAACGGAACUCACGGGCAGAAUUUUUCACUCGCGCCUACCUUAAUAACUGCUUCUGGAAAUCCUGCCUCUGUUACAGGGAACCAGUCGGCCUCUCUCAGCCAGCCUAUUUCCACACAUGCCGCCGCCACCACGACCAGUGUCACAGCCACAAGUAACGCAAACUUUGCACCUCUGCUGAACUGUCACUACAUUGCUGCCCAAGACCUGUUGUCUGUGACCUCUGCACAGUCUAACCUUGGAGAACCCAUUGCUGCCAGCGGUAAUAAUGCCAGCCUUUCUGCCACCCAUGCCCAUCAGGAUUACAGCAGUCAUCACAACCUGGUUCUGCAACGUGUACCCGAAUCCAAAGAGAAUUUCCUGCCCAUUGAGCAGAACACCACAAUCAGCGGGAGUGUUAUGUUGUUGGAUGCAAAAUCCAAGUAUGUCCUUAGUGGUAUGAUUAAUACGGGCUGCGAAGAACUCGAAAGCGAUAAGAAAGAGUUGGCCAAGCUUCAGAACGUUCAAAUGGAUGAGGACAUGCAAGACAUGUAAUAAACGGCCGACAGGUGAUUCUCUUUGACUUUUGGUUUCAUUCAUAUUUGUUUAAACUAGAAUUUUAGGAAAUCGCACUGCUUUUUGUUUUUUAUUCCUGUACCACAUUUAACCUUUUCAUGAAAGGUGGGUAAGUAAAGGAAACAUCAUUUGAAGUAAUUUUUUUUUUUAUUGUACGAAAUAUUGGGUUUAAGGUUUAAAAAAACAAAAAAAAGCAUUACUGGUACUUAUUUUUUGGGAAUAUGCUGGAAAAAUGUCGAUCACAAAAAAUAACGGAAUCCUAUUUGUGGUUUGUAUUGUUUUUGUGUGUUUUUUUUAUGAUCCAGAAGAAUUGUAAUCUACUUGACAGUUUAAUGAACUAAAACAGACUGAUUUUAGAAUGUUACACGUAGACUUCUUGUAGUUCUCUUCCGCUAUUUCACAAAUGCUAUUACUAACAUUUACCAGCUCGGUUGUAAAAAUUGAUGGAAGAUUACAGUCUAAAGUUCUUCGAGUGUGUUCUACAUAAGCCUAUGUAGUCCUAGUAGAGACCUAUUAUGUACUUCCAGAUUAUUAUUUUUUUAAUUUCUUUUUGGAAAAACGAAUUAUGCAAGUUUUUCAGAGUUUCUAAAAUUACACACUACAAGUUUCUGAAAAGCGAUCCCUAUUUUAUUUUGUUGCAAUUUUUAUUUUAUUUUUUUCUUGUCCAAAUAUAGCAAUUUUUGUAAAGAACUUUCCAGGUGCCUUCUGGCCUAUGGGCCAUUUAACUGUAGCAAAGCACAUUAUAAAGAAAUAGAGUAGAUCAUUCAAAUAUAUCUAUGUUUGUCUUCUGAAGACAUUAAUGUAUACUACAUAUUUUUUUGUUAAAAUCCCCUUAUCCUGAGGCUAAGGAUACUUACUUUGUGGUGUAGUUCUAGUUUUUUUUAAACGUAAGCACCUAGUAAUAUAGCCCUGAUUACAAAGGGAAAGACAAUCAAUUCUUGAUCACGUAUUGCCACGAGCCCUGUUUGAAAUGUCAUCCCUAGAAUAAUUUCUAUUGGGCAGGAUAUCAUGGACAGAGAGAAGCGGAGCUCUGUGAUGCAUAGGCUUGUAUGAUUUAGAGCAGGGCAGGACUCUUAGGAGAGACCGAGUCCUGCUUAGCCUGACCACAUAGGAUGAUUGACAGCUCUCUAUAGGGGAGAUUUAUCAAAACUGGUGCAAUGUAAAAACUGACUUGGUUGCUACUAGCAACCAAUUAGAUUGAUCCUUUCAUUUUUCCAAAGGAGAUCUGAGAAAUUGAAAGUGGAGUCUGGUUGCUAUGGGCAACUAAACCAGUUUCCCCUUUCUCCAGUUUUGAUAAAUCUCCCCUUGUGUAUCAGUGUGUGCAUAUAGAAAGCAGUCCAUCCCUGUGUGGGUGGAAUAAACCGGACUCUUGCAGUCUCCUCCAGGAGUCCUGUCAUGAUUUAGGCCUCAUGCACACGACCGUGUCAGUUUUGCGAUCUGCAAACUACAGAUACUAUCUGUGUGUAUGCAGUCAUUUUCUCAC